AUGGUUUCUCCUAUAUCGCUCGCGGCCAGUCUUGGCCUGACUGGUGUUGUACUUGCCCGAGUGAGGGAGUUUGUGAGCACUGUGCAAGGAUUCGAUAUCUCGCACUGGCAAACCAGUGUCGACUUCCAGGCUGCAUACAACGAUGGUAGCCGGUUCGUGAUUAUCAAGGCCACAGAGGGUAGAGCUACCACAGAUCCUAAGUACUAUGAUUACCUCAACGACGCUGCCAGUGUUGGCUUCGUCCACGGUGCCUACCACUUCGCGAGGCCCGGCUCCAGUAAUGGGAGCACGCAGGCCACGUUCUUUCUUGCAAACGGCGGACGCUGGACUGCAGAUGGCAUGACCCUGCCUGGAAUGUUGGACAUCGAGAACAAUCCUUCAGGCCCUCAAUGUUACGGACUUUCGCAGUCCGAUAUGGUUUCCUGGAUCGUAGAUUUUGUCGAUACCUACUCUGGUGACACUGACAGAUUUCCGAUGAUCUACACGACGAACAACUUCUGGACGACUUGUACAGGAAACUACAGCGGCUUUGGGCAUCAUUGCCCUUUGGUGCUGGCAAGAUAUGCGGCUUCGCCUGGCCCUGUCCCCGGAGACUGGCAAUCGUAUACUAUAUGGCAGAACUCCAACUGGUAUCCAUAUGGGGAGGAUUCGGACAUCUUCAACGGGGACGAAGCGGCUCUUCUUGACUUGGCCUCUGGGACCAGAACUGGCACAUUCGACUCUGGAAACCUUCCGGGAAUGACGGUACAGGAAGUGGUCCGUAAUGAAGAGAAGGACCCUUCCCGUCUGCAUUGGCCAAGCGUCUUCAACGUUAUGCUGACCACCGACUCGUUCCCAGGGACGUCUAACACGGUGGACGACCCUUGGUCUGAAUCGACCUCUGUUACUUUCAGAGAUGGCAGCGUGUCACUUCUGUGCCUUUGCAGUACGGGAGGGGCGACCCAGACGACUCUCCCCUGGCGUCUGGCCAACACAAUAACUGUGCAUAACGCGUACAUGAGACACGGCACGAGGCCUGACCCUGUCACAGGACAAAACGUUGAUUUCUUUGCUGGCGUUGGUGCUGGCGGGGCGCACAUGGUAGGCGACUCUGAUGAUGGACACAUGGAUAUAUCAUGUCCAGCUGGUUGCGUAUCAUGGUGGUCCUACGGCAAACUGGUUGCUGGCCGUGACAGCAAUUUGGAGGUCGUUAUACCGCCUCCAGGAGGCCUUUACAGAACCAUUACUGGGCCUAAUGGAGACUGCGGGCUGGUGCGAUGGGCGCACAUUGCAUCGGUACGACUUCACCAUCAGACUUUCGCUGCACCGCCGGUGGUCGGGAAUGCGUAUAUGCCGGCGGUCCUUGCAUCGUCUUGUUUUCACUACUCCCAGAGGAGCCAGGGUACUCAAUUACCGCAGCGUGCGCGGCCGCGUUCUACACAGACGAGAGCGCUGGCGCUGCAGGGUCUUGCAUAG